AUGUCUGUAAAAUCGGUAGUAAAAAACAAGGGUCAUUAUAACUUACGUAGGCAAAAUAUAGGUGCACAAUCAACAAAGCUUAAUGCAGAUGACAUGAAAGACGCUAUAUUAAAUAGUUUAAACACUGAUGAGGCAUUACGUAAAUCAAUUCAUAAUAUGAUAAUAUCACAUCGUAAUGAUGAUCAGAAUGGUAAUGAUGUUCGACAAAAACAAAACUUUAAUGAUGAUGAUGGAAGUAAUCUUGCUAUGGUUGCUGAUAAAGUAGCUAAUCUAUUAUUAAAACCCGUAGAGUAG